GGAGCACACCAGACUCGGCGACGCCUGUGCAUUCUUGCUGCACAGCCCCGCGGCGACGUUCGGGCAACCAAAAUCAAGGUGGGCGUUGGACGCAAACAUUUCGCGGCUGCUUAUGUCCGGGCAGAGGUGCCUGUGUCACAAUUUCAACGCUUCUGUCACAAUUCCACCUGCUGGCCACGGACCGUUCGUGCGUGCCCUUGUUCAGCUCAUUACUGUCUCGAAAGAGAACAGCAAGGGAGCCACGCUGUUCGCGGAUGAGCUAUUAGAGAAGGUGCAACGGUACGCGCCUGUGCAGAGCAUCAACAUCAAGCCCAACCCAAGAAACUCGCCCGACCCGGCUGUGCAGCGGGAGACCGAGGGCGAGAAGGUUCUUAAGGCUCUGGACUCGCGGGACCUGGUAGUGGUGCUGGAUGAGCGGGGGAGCGAGCUGAAGAGCGAGGAUCUGGCAAAACUGGUGGCGGCUGCGGGCGAUGAGGGCCGGCCCAUCGCGUUCUGCAUAGGCGGGCCGUACGGGCACAGCGACGCGGUGCGCGGCCGCGCGGACCGCAUGAUCCGGCUGUCAUCCAUGGUGCUGAACCACCAGGUGGCAGUGGUCGUGCUUCUUGAGCAAGUCUAUCGUGCGUGGACUAUCCUGCGGGGCGUGCCGUACCACCAUUGAUAAUGGGUGCACGUGCACAGCACGGCCUGAUCCCGGGGAGAGCGCGGCCGGGAGAUCAAACUACAGUUGUCGUACGCUGCCCGCAUCGGCUUCCGCACCGGAUGAUUGCUGAGACAGGCAAUUACCAGUGAGCUUUGCACACCUGUGCGCAGGAGCUUUCAGCAGUAGGCACUUGGAUGGACGCUGGUGGCUUGGGAGGAAGACAUGCUCAGUGGCUGUGGCUGUGCGACUGUGGCACGCAUGGCAACAUCUUUGUGAAGCAUGCUGUGGUAAUUGGGGCGGUGGGACUGCCUCGUGCACUCUCUCAUGACUCAGCUGCCGCUAUACGCCUGGGGAGCUUGGUCGGUUAGCUAGACUUCCGUGGUCGUGACUCCUUCUGGAAACAAUGCAACUCUAGCAGAGAAUGGCAGGGAAACACGAAGUGACCAAGGUCCAAGGCCGGCGGUUUCGGUGAGAUGGCAGGGGAAUGCUCGAGUAUGGGUGGGCUACGGUAUGCUGGCGUUGGGCUGCCAGCUACAUGUAUGUGUUUACAAAGCUGCAUAUGUGCAUGAUGAGUGAUUGGUUUGUAGACAGGACUGAGCCGCAGGCUGCAGGGAGAGCAGGUCACGGUCGGUGGUGGUUGCGUGGUGCAUUAGGAUGCCACUUGCACUCUUGCAGUCCAGCUUCCUUUGAUGGUGGUCCGGCCUGAUCCUAAUGCAGUUUAGCUUUGGCAGUGAUGGGCUGAUUGCUUGAUGGGGUCUUGGUUUUGUUGUUUUGGGCCCAACUUCGGUGCAGACGGAUGUAGACGGGCUCCAGCUUGGAGGCAGGGUCCGAUCCGCGUGGUUAGACGUGGUUGGGCUCGGAUGGGUUGACACGGUUUGCCCAAGUUGCCCCUAGAUUGGCCCGCAGUUGCCCGCCUCUGCAUGGAAGCGGUGCGGGUUACGACAGGCUACGAGGUGUGGCAGGCCUUGCUGGUCGACCGGAACCUCGUCCGUGAUUC